CCAUCUUGAGUCUUCGCCUGAGUUAUCUUCCAGUUCGACGUGUUUUUAGGAGAAGCUUGAGCUGAGAUGACCUCGCAUAUUGGUAUUUUGCCAACUGACGUGUUCGACGCUCUCGUGGCAAAGCUCACUGAAGCUGGCACGCAUCAAAAUUUGAGGUUCCUGAGGUUACCUCACCCGAGGACAGGAGUCCCGUCUUUGUUCCUACCCUACGCGAAGCCAGACGGAAGAACAUCUAUCAUGGAGGUGCAGACGGUUGCCCCACCAAAUGAGAGGUCUUGGUUUCUGUCGGAAGGGCAGGUGGUGCAAAACGGCGAGCUGCUCAUCAUGACACCAGUGGACCCCGCAUUCUUGCUCAUUCCGAUUUUACACGUACUGUCAUCGCCGAAUGGCCAUGCCGGAACAUUCAGGCCUGUUGACGAUAUGUUCGAAGACGCAGUCGAGAAGCUCUUGCAAUCGGCACCAAGCAGCACUGAGCACCUGUGCAAAGAAGACCUUCUGCGCUUUUUGUCAUUAGAUUGUGCGCGGAAUGCUAUGGCGAGGACAUGUGAGAAGAAACAAAUCACGGAAGAGCUGACCGUGUACAGAUAUUCGCCUGAUGUUGUCGUAGAGAACCUUAGGAAGAAGGUUAUGCGACUAAACUCACAACCUAUGUUCGAGGCAUCAAAGACGUUGACGCGAGCUCUGGCGAGGGAUGGCCUCAUGGACGACGGCAAGGACGGUAUACUUGAAGGCAAGCUGAUGGGGCGGCUGAGAGCUGCGUGUGAUUUGGUGUCGCAAUAUGUACCAGAUCAUCUUCAGAAGAGACUUUUGGCAUCGUAUGACUUCACCACCUUGGAGGAACACAUAAAAUCAUUAAACGACGAAGCAGCGGCUCUCGCAGCAGCUGAGAUGGGUAAGAUGGAAAUUAAGGAGAGCAAGAGCUCCGCGACGGAGAAGACUAACGGCAAGAAGAGGAAGACGGCGUCCACCGGAGUGGAGAAGCUGAAGAAGGUGAACACGAAAGGAAUGGCAAAGCUGUCCACUUUCUUCCAGCCUAAAGCCUUAUAAUGUUUGAACUGCAUGCUGGUGUAUAUAUUUGUAGACUUGUGUGGACCUAUACCCGAUAUCGAUGUUCCAGCCGAAUGGACUAGAGACUACAGACAUUGAGGCAACUAGAUUUGAACCAGCUCACACGCAGAGCCGCGAACCUCAGU